UUUGGAUACCCUGUAAUGGCAGAUUUUGCGCCAAAUCAGCAGCGGGUGAACACCAGUGAUGUUGCAUCAACUGGAGGUACAGUAGCUACUCCUCGCCUAGGCUCGCCAUCUCGCCGUUCCUCCUCGCCUUGCGUCCUCCCCAUCGUCCGGCCGGCACGACGUAAACGUCAUCACGUCACGGCACUAAGGAGGUUAGAGGUCGAGACCGGAGGCGGAAGCAUCAAGAUGGCGGUCGCCGCGUAUGAGAGCUUGAAGCUGCACACAACUCCAGAAAAGUUCUACUUUGAGGCUUGUGAUGAUGGAUCCAAUGAUGUUCUCAUGAUCGACCGUGUCUCCAAUGAAAUCACCCUUGGAGUUAAGAAAGAUGUCCCACCUUCUGCAGUUACCAGAUCAGUCUAUGGAAUCAUGGGAACAAUUCGUUUGGUGGCAGGCAUGUACCUUAUUGUCAUUACCAAAAAACAGAAAGUAGGAGAGUUGUUCAGUCAUUCUAUCUGGAAAGCAACGGAAUUCGACAUAAUUUCCUACAAGAAGACAGUAUUGCACCUAACAGAAACACAGAUGCUAGAUAACAAGACUUUCUUGACGAUGCUUAACAAUGUACUUAAUACUGAUGGAUUCUACUUCUCUACAACCUAUGACCUGACUCAUACAUUGCAGCGCUUGGCCAACACCAGUCCAGAGUUUCAAGAGAUGACUCUACUGGAAAGGGCAGAUCAGCGCUUUGUAUGGAAUGGGUACCUCCUGCGGGAAUUUGCUGCGCAGCCAGAGCUUCACAGGUUUGCUGUGCCAGUGAUUCAUGGGUUCAUUAUUGUGAAAUGUUGUAGUAUAAAUGGGAAAUACUUUGACUGGACACUUCUCUCCAGAAGGAGCUGUUUCAGAGCUGGGGUUCGAUAUUACGUUAGAGGUAUUGACUCUGAGGGGCAUGCUGCAAACUUUGUGGAGACAGAACAAAUCGUUCAGUACAAUGGUUAUAAGGCAUCAUUUGUACAAACACGAGGGUCGAUCCCCUUCUUCUGGUCUCAGAGGCCAAACUUGAGGUACAAACCAAAGCCACAGAUUAGUAAAUCCAUGAACCAUAUGGAUGGCUUUCAAAGGCAUUUUGAUUCCCAACUUAUUAGCUAUGGGAAGCAAGUGAUAAUAAAUUUGGUUGAUCAGAAAGGCCCUGAAAAAUCUCUUGAGCAGGUUUUUGCCAAAAUGGCAGCAAGCUUGGGGAAUGGAAUGGUUAAAUACUGUGCAUUUGAUUUCCACAAAGAAUGCAGCCACAUGAGAUGGGAUCGACUUCAGAUUCUUUUGGAUCGGCUGGCAGAUCAACAGGAUGAAUUUGGUUAUUUCUUGGUGGAUGCUGAUGGGAAGAUGGUUGUGCAGCAGGAUGGAACUUUCAGGACCAAUUGCAUUGACUGCUUGGAUCGAACGAAUGUUGUGCAAAGUUUGAUAGCACGUCGUUCUCUUCAGUCACAGCUUCAGAGGCUUGGUGUUCUUCAUGUUGGCCAAAGAAUUGAUGAACAAGCAGAAUUUGAAAAGAUUUAUAAAAAUGCAUGGGCAGAUAAUGCGAAUGCAUGUGCCAAACAAUAUGCUGGAACUGGGGCCUUAAAGACUGACUUUACAAGGACAGGGAAAAGAACUAAAUGGGGCCUUGUAAUGGAUGGAUGGAACUCAAUGAUAAGAUAUUACAAGAAUAAUUUUUCCGAUGGAUUUAGACAGGAUUCAAUAGAUCUGUUUCUUGGAAACUAUGUUGUGGAUGAGGCAGAUACUUUGCUAGUUUUACAUGAUCAGAAAGAGUGGAGGUUUCUAGCGUUGCCUAUAAUCAUGAUUGUGGCUUUCUCGAUGUGCAUCAUCUGCCUACUUAUGGCAGGUGACACCUGGACAGAGACCUUGGCUUACGUGCUGUUCUGGGGAAGUGCUAGCUUUGGGACUGCUGCUAUCAUCUUCUUCAAUGGCAAAGAGUUUGUUGAUGCACCGAAGCUGGUUCAGAAAGAGAAGAUGGACUGAAUGUGUACCUGUGGAAAGCAGCUUAGCCACCAAGAUUCUGUGCAAAUGUGGAGGAUCUUCUAACCUGCUUUCCACGCACCAGGCCCUGCAGGGUGAUUUUUAAAUAAAACUUUUGACUGGAACCAGCAGUCACGAUCUGCAGUCUGAGUUGGAUCGUUCAGCCUUAACUGUUAUAAACUUACUCUUCCUUUUGGCAUUCUGAAUGAAAAUCAGAAACCACACUAAAAAUUCCAAUAAUUGUGAUCUUCCUGCCCUAGCAUCCAGAAACAGAAGCAGCACUGGUGUUUUAUACAAGGUAUUAGUUCAAAUGAAACAGUGCUCUGAUCUUUCUUCCAUACAGCUUGUUUGCAUAAUUCAUGAACUAUAUUGGUGAAAUAACAUACCUGCAGAUAUAAGUUGUUGCUUCUGGACUUUGAUGUUUUGUAUGAAAGUCUGCAUAUCAACUUGGCAAAUAACCUCCUUUUGAUCAAUUCAAAGCUGCUGCUUCCCAACAUUGAGCAAAUAUCUAUCUGCAACAAGUGUAUCUUCUAUUCAGGGGCUGUAAUUUAUAUGCAAAGAUGUACAGCAAACUUUAGAUGACUAUGAAAUUUAUAUUAUGUUACAGAAUUGACUAUAUCUUCAGUUGUCUGUUAUUGCUGUUUUCCUUAAUUGCAAUAUACUUGGAUCGUAAUUGAAUGUUUGAAUCUGCUCUCCAAUGAAAAAGAAAACCUAGCUAGGUAGAAGAAACUCUUUAUGCAUUUACUUGAUCAUUUCCUACAUAAUGAAUUACAAUAAUAUUUAAAUAGGUAUUUAAGAAACUGAUGAAAUAUUCAUAUUGAAAUGGCUUAUGUUGUCACAGCUAUCUCAAAAAUAAUGCAGUCAGAUUCACCUUUGCCCCUCAAGCGGUGCCUAGUCUCUGUUCAUGUCAUUUUUAAUGCUCUUCAAUACAUACUGUAUGUGAACUGUUAAUGCUAUGAACUGUUUUUAAUGUGCAUCUUUAUUGCAGAUGUCCAAAAAAAAUCAGAAGCUGCAGUGGAGCAGCCAGUUUGCAGAACGCCCUUAAAUUGUUGUGCAAUCAUUGAAGUAGAUGAUGGUUCAAUCAAUGUAUAUUGCAAGUUAAAAGCAAGUAUUCACUAUUAGGAACUGAUUUAUCAAAUUGAUGUAAGGAAUCAUUCCCAUUACUCACCCUAGUUUUAUAGGUAGGGAUGGUAUAUUGCUAUUUAUAUGUGUAACUCUAUUUGGUUUACUAACCAUUUUCCAUUCCAUUGUCGCCCUCUUCUGUGUUUGUGUUUCUUUCACAGUAAUGAAUAAAGACUAAAUAAGAGUUGAUAUUUCCAUUAUAUCUUUCAGGUUUAUCAUUAAUAUGUAUCUGAGCUCUGCUUAAUUUGAUGUGCUUGUACAGAGGUCCUGACAGUUGACUGGUUGUGUGCAUAAAGAUUUUGAAAGUGACAUGAUAGAGAGAGAAAAUGCGGAAUGUGUCAUCCAGGGUUUCUUAAUAUUGACGCAAUUGUCAAUAAUUUCUUUCCUCUCACAGAAGCUGUAUGAUCUGCUGAGUUCUGGCACAUUGUCUGUUGCUCAAGAUUCAUAUUGAUGUUAGUCCCAUUUGCCUGCAUAUCUGUAUACUUGUACAAGUGCCUUUUAAAUGUUGUUAAUGUACCUGGCUCAACUACUCACUCUGGCAACUCAAUCCUGCUGGGUUAGAAGAAUUGCUCCUCAGGUCCCUAUUAGAUCCCUUCCCCUGAAAGCAAAUGUGGCCUCACCAACAUCUUGUACAUCUGCAACAUAUUUAAAGUGGAAGUCAGGAGGUAGAGGGAGAUGUAAGAAUAAAACAUUCUUUUGCAAGGAGGAGUUUUUUGUUUUGUAUGGCAAGUGUUUUUCUCUUCACACUUCUAAUUGGUUUUUGUCAAGCCACUCCUCCAGCUCGUGGCUGCGUCGAUGGACCGUGGCAGAGCAGUCUUAUAUCUGGUGAGAGGGCAUGUUUGGACCAGGUGGAGGAUGUCCUGGGUUCGGGCAACACAGGGGAAAGCUGGGAUUUGUCGGGUGCCCCAUCGGUGUAGGUGUUCGCGCUGCUUUGGUUUGACAACUUCUGAGUCUUAUUUGCAGCUGUCCAGUUUUUUUCUGGUAGCUGUAAUAAAGCCUGGGAGGAGCGAAAUGGGGACGUCGAUCAGAUUUCUGCCGGGGGCGGAGGGCAUGUUGGUGUGCCAGUAUCGGUGCCAUUCUGUGUGUUCAUCAUAGGAGUUGAGGUUUUUCAAAUUGUAGAAAGGUUUGCGGGAUUGAAUCAGGACGUUGGAGGAGCAUUUUUGGUGAGUUUAUGAACUGGAAUGAUGUUGAGCAUAAUUUGGAUACACUUGUAGGAUUUUGCUAAAGCUGCUCUUCUGCAGAUCUGUCGGGGUGCUAUUCCAUUCAUUGUUGGGAGCCAUUGGAUAGGUGUGGAUUUUAGGACUCCUGAGAUUAUUCUCAUAGAAAUAUGGAGUGUGUAUUGGUUCCUGCUGAUCAUUGCAAGAAGUGGUAAUAAUCUGCUGCUUGCUUUAUGUAAGUUGUAGAAAUUGGCUUUCAAAGGGGAAUUGUAAAUUAACACAAAAAUACUGUGCAUAGCUGUUUGAAAGCUUGGGUGUUGAAACAUAAUAGAAUUCCUCUACAAAUAGCUAGCACUGUCUUGUUGGACUGAAUGGUCUCCUGAGCUGAAAUAAUUCUAUUGUAAUAGCAUUAAUCAUCUUUUGUAAAUAUCCAUAAACAUUGUAAGUACUAUUUUGAAAGGAAGUCCCAAGAUGUGAAAGAACUUGCUGGUAGUAUAAUUAGGGUCCAAUAUAGAGGAACAUUUUCCUAUUCUUUCCUCAACUCUGCAAGAUUUUGUCCAGUGGCACUUAUAUCCACAGUGAUGAAGUGGUUUAAUAGAUUAGUGAUAAAACAUAUCAACUCCUGCCUGAGAAGUGACUUUAAUCUGUUCCAAUUUGCUUACUGGAGCAACAGAUCCACAACAGAGAUGUAUACAUCAGGAUGUUCUUUAAUCAGCUAUAGCUCAGCAUACAAUACCAUCAUCCCCUUAAAACUAAUCAAUAAGUUUCAAUACCUCCUUGUGCUAUUGGAUCCUCGAUUUCCUCACUUGUAGACUCCAUUCAGUUUGGAUUGGCAACAACACCUCCAUAAUCUCUAUCAACACAAGUGCACCACAGGGCUGUGUGCUUAGACCCCUGCUCUACUUAUGACUGUGUAACUAAGCAUAGCUUCAGUGCUGUAUUCGAGUUAGCCGAUGACACCAUUGUCAAAGGCUGACUCAAAGGUGGGUAAUGAAUCAGCCUAUAGGAGGUAGAUUGGAAGUCUGGCUGAGUGGUGCCAUAACAACAACUUCUGACUCAAUGUCAACAAGACCAAGGAGUUGAUUAUUGACUUCAGCCAGCCCUCAUUGGAAGAUCAGAGGUGGAGAGGGUCAGCAACUUUAAAUUUCUCGGUGUUAUUAUUUUGGAGGACCUGUUCUGGGCCCAGCACUUAAGUGAAAUUACGAAGAAAUCACGGCAGCACCUUAGGAGUUGGAAAAGAUUCAGCAUGACAUCUUAAUCUUUCAGAAACUUCUAUAGUUGUGUAGUGGAGAGUACAUUGACUGGCUGCAUCACAGCCUGCUAUGAAAACACCAAUGCCCUUGAAUAGAAAAUCCUACAAAAAGUAGUGGAUACGGCCCAGUAAACUCUCCCCACCAUUGAGCACUUCUACACGAACUGUUGUCGCAGGAAAGCAGCAUCCAUCAUCAGGGUCCCCCACCACCCAGGACAUGCUGUUUUCUCAUUGCUGCUUACAGGAAGAAGUUACAGAGCCUCAGGACUCACACCACCAUGUUCAGGAACAGUUAUUAUCCCUCAACCAUCGGGCUCUUGAAUGAAAGGAGAUAACUUCACUCGGUUUCACUUGCCCCAUCAUUGAAGUAUUCCCACAAUCUAUGGACUUACUUUCAAGGACUCCCUAUCUCACGUUCUCAAUAUUUAUUGCUUAUUUAUUUAUUUAUUGUUGUUAUUUUUUUGUAUUUGCACGGUUUGUUGUCUUUUGCACCCUGGUUGAACUGUAAGUUGGUGUGG